AUCAAACAAUCAUCCUAACCUUGAACUUAAAAGGCUACUUAUCCAGAUAGCUGUCUUCCUCUUUGUGCAAUCUUGUGUUAUUGUCUACUACUACUCUUUCUUCUCUUCUUUUGGGUCGUUUUCCUUAUAGUUAAUGCUUCUCUUGCAACGUGCUGUGCAUUAGGUGUUACCAUAAUGACUUGUUUUACUUCCCAAGCACCAAUUUCCAUCACCUCAAUCAUCAUUCUCCAGUCUUACAUAAUCUAAAACUUUUCUCACUCUCUUCUUCUUCUUCGUUGAUUUUCAGGUGAUUUUGAACCUCGCCCAUUUCUUUAUUCUCUUGUUUUCUUCAUGUUAUCUAUUCAGUUUUUGCUACCUUGAACGUUUCUUUCACUAACCCUGUUGAUCGGUUUUCUUUUUUAUUUUUUUCAUCUGAUUUAUUUUCUUAUUAUCAUGGCGAAUGUUAGGACUUUUGAAUUGCAGAUUUGGGUUUCAAUUUUUCUUGGUUCAAUAUAUCUUUCUUUUGGGUUUACUCCUGAGGACAAUUAUCUGAUAAACUGUGGUUCCUUCACAAAUACAUCUGUUGAUAAACGUAUAUUUGUUUCUGAUUACUCAAGUUCUAUCUAUCUUUUAACUCAACAAAACAUUUCUGCUGAUACUAGCUUGAGUUCUACUUCAUCCAACAUUAAUGAUUCAGCUUUGUAUCACACCGCUAGAAUAUUCACAGGACCCUCCAACUACACAUUUCCAAUCAAACGAAAAGGGAGACAUUGGAUUCGCCUUCAUUUUUUCCCUUUUGUUUAUGGAAAAUACAACAUGACAUUAGCAAAAUUCUCUGUUUCCACUCAAAGUUUUACACUUAUUAAAGAAUACCAAUCAGGGAAUGGUUCUUUAGUUCAGGAAUUUUCUUUGAACAUAACUUCUGAUAAGCUUGUUCUCACUUUUACUCCUCUUGCAAAUUCAUUUGCGUUUUUAAACGCUUUAGAAGUUUUUUCACUUCCUCCUGAGCUCAUCCCUGAAGCUGCCACAAGUAUUGGCUCUCAAACUAGUUACCGAAAUCUGCAGAAGCAGGCUUUGGAGACAGUUGUGAGGGUAAAUAUGGGUAAUGAAAUUGUGUCUCGUCAAACUGACCCGUUAUGGCGGCUUUGGGUUGCUGAUGAUUCAUUUCUAGUGCAUAAUAGUCUAGCCAAGUUUGUGUCAAAUGUCAAAGCUGUUAAUUUCACCGGAGAAAAAACAACUAAACUAAUUGCUCCAGCUGAUGUCUAUGGCACUGCCACAAUGUUGAACUCAGAGCAAAAUCCUAGUACCAAUGCAAAUGUAACAUGGAUUUUUUAUGUGGAUCCGGGUUUUGAAUAUCUAGUUCGGUUUCACUUCUGUGAUAUAUUGAAUACUUCUCAACCAAUCUUAUUUAAUGUUUAUAUUAAUUCAUGGUAUGCUUCUCAUGAUUUUAAUCUUCAAAACUUUACUUCCAAAACCAUUGGUGCCCCAUGCUACAUGGAUUUCAUCAUAAGAGUGAGUGAUAACCAUAAGCUAAGUGUAAGUGUCGGUCCUUCUACUACAGUGGAGCUUUACCCAAAUGCAUUUCUUAAUGGGUUGGAGAUCAUGAAGUUAAACAAUUCUAGAGGGAGCUUUGAUGUCUUGGAGUCUAGCUCUAAUUUCUCAAGUGAUUCCAGGAUGACAGUCAGUCUUAUAGUGGGAUUAGCUGCUGGGUUAUUUGUUGCGGUUGUUUUGGUUUUAGUUUUCUUCCUGUUGCGCAGAAGGAAAAAACUGUCACAAAUUGGCCAUUUGCAGGCAGAGGACAAGUUUGGCAUGAAUGGAGGAGGUGCUACUGCCAUCUUUCCCAGCUCAAAGAUUGGCUACCGCUUCCCUAUUGUUGCGAUUCGAGAGGCUACUGAUAAUUUUAAUGAAAGUUUGGUUAUUGGGGUUGGAGGUUUUGGGAAGGUUUACAAAGGAGUCUUGAGGGAUGACACAAAGGUGUCAGUGAAGAGGGGAGGUUCUCAAUCACAUCAGGGUCUUACAGAAUUCAAGACCGAGAUUGAAAUGCUAUCCCAGAUCCGUCAUCGCCAUUUGGUAUCUUUGAUUGGGUACUGUGACGAACAGGAUGAGAUGAUCAUAAUCUAUGAGUACAUGGAAAAUGGUACUCUCAAGAACCAUCUUUAUGGCUCAAACUUUCCCAGCUUAAGUUGGAGACAGCGGCUUAAGGUAUGCAUUGGAUCGGCCAGAGGACUUCACUAUCUUCAUACUGGCUUCACAAAGGCAAUUAUUCAUCGCGAUGUGAAGUCUGCAAACAUACUACUAGAUGAAAAUUUCAUGGCCAAGGUUGCUGAUUUUGGUCUUUCAAAAACUGGCCCCGACUUAGAUCAAACUCAUGUUAGUACUGCAGUGAAAGGCAGCUCUGGGUAUCUUGAUCCUGAGUAUUUGAAAAGGCAACAACUAACCGAAAAAUCGGAUGUUUAUUCCUUUGGUGUGGUUAUGCUUGAAGUUCUUUGUGGGAGACCAGUGAUUGAUCCAUCACUUCCAAGAGAACAGGUGAAUUUGGUUGAAUGGGCAAUCAAGUGUCAACAAAGAGGGCAUUUGGAGGAUAUUGUAGAUCCUAAGAUCAUCAAGCAAAUAAAGCCAGAAUCCUUGAAGAAGUUUGGAGACAUAGCUCAGAAAUGCCUGGCCGAGUGUGGUAUUGACCGGCCCUCCAUGGGAGACGUGUUAUGGAACUUGGAGUAUGCGCUUCAACUCCAAGGGAACGAAGAAAAAUCGAGUCCUAAUGGUGAUAUAUCAUCACGGACUACUCUUGUUAAUCAGUCACACCACACCACAUCCAUCGAAUUCAGUAUGGGAAGUGUAGAUGACCUCUCUGAUGUUUCAAUGAGUAAGGUUUUUGCGCAAAUGGUGGGAGAGGAAAGGGAGCGCUAGUGAAGCCAUGUACUCAAGCAAGAGUUUCUUUGUUCUUUCACAGAAGGAGAUAAGUGUAGUUUUAUGGCAAACAUGUAGAAUGUACUUUGUUGGUAUGCAAGAAAGUUUGUGAAAUGUAGUUUCUUAAAGUUGUGAUUUCUCUUUAGAGUAUCCACAAGUUAAAUAAAGUCUGGUGCAUUAUUAUUUA